CUUCUUAGGAAGAGGCCACCUCUAGCCUGUCCUCGCAUCUCGCCAUGCAGCACGCAGUGAGAUGAGGAAGACGCGUCCAUCGACGGAGCUUGCCCUGUCCGAGUCCCGACGCCGACCGGGCCGCUGCUUCCUCCACUCUUGAAAAGUGAAGAAGUGAGAGAUAGAUGGACCCUUGGAUUGGUCACCAGGCACGGCAGACACUCCACCAUGGCUCCCUCACUGCGCAUCUCGGCGGGAAAAGACGUCGCCUCGCUCGAGGUCAUCGAGGUCAACAGCACCGAGCCGCACCGUCUCACGUCAGACGCGUUCGAGGGCCUCGUCGCCGUCCGCAUCAAGAACUUCACUGGCCAGGCGCCCGCCGGCAAGGAAGCCAAGAAGGACUCGGCCUACUUUGACAAUGGCCACGCCCAGGGCUGCACCUGGUCGAUCCAGAUCCAGGGCCGCUUCAAGGAGGAGGCCAGCGUCGACGACGUCGAGUUCGGCAACAAGUUCGACCAUGCGAUCCGCGACAAGCUGCCCUGGGGCACGUCGGCCGCCCUCAAGGCCGUGUCGUACAUCGACCCGAGCCUGCGCCAGGACAUCUACGCCGACCAGCCCUGGGCCUUUUCGCCCCUCGUCUGCACCAUGACGCGCAUCCAGGUCGACCGCAUCGCUGCCGCCGAUUCUUCCUCCUCCUCCUCCUCUUCCGACUGGCCCAAGUUCCCCCAGGGCGGGCCCUCGGCCGAGGACGACUACGUGCACGACGACACGUCUGCGCUGCUGGCUGCGCGCGACAAUGUGGCGCAGGUCGAGCCGUCGCUCGAGGCCGACGCCAUCGCCGACCUGGGCACGCUGCGCUCGCUGCGCGGCCACGCCGACGCCAACGCCCACCACAACCGCGCCCGCUUCUUUGGCAACGCCUCGCACCGCGAGCGCCUCAGCUACUCGCCCACCGAUGUCGUCACGGCCGACUUUGCCAAUGGCUUCAUCGACUUCAACACCCUCCGGCUCGAGCUGCCGUACACGGGCGGCAUGGGCUUUGACUUGACGAGGUACUGGGACGGCCAGCCGGUGCGCUACUACUGCCGCAACAAGAAGACAGGCACCGUCUACUUUGUCGUCGAGUUUCAGAUUGCCGAAAAGGACUCGUAGAAUGCUGUGCAUCCAUGCUAUAGAAGCAAGCGAGCGAGCAGAAACUGUCUAAUGGAUAUUGUUCAUCGCAUCAUGCGCUAU